AUGGCGAGACCGAGGCCUCGAAUCCGCGCCGUACCGCGAGGCCCGGUGCUCCUCUUCCUCCUCGUCCCGCUCAUCUACUCCGUGUCCAGGCUGCACCCCUGGGCGCCGGCGGAGAAGGGCGUGUGCCUGCCACCCCCAACCGCGCUGAAGCGGCCUGACCGUCUCGUGCUCGGCCCCGCCGCCGGACAAGGCCGCCCCGACCGCCUCCAGUGCCAAGGACUUAGAGCUCUGAACAAGAUUGACCUAUCAAGUGAAGAGAACUAUUCUGGAGAACACAUUUCUUUUGUUACUGUAUUCACAACCUACAAUUCUGUCUCAGCUGGAGAUGGCAAAGUUCCAUCUGAUUCUGUAACUGUUGGAAACCAUUCUUAUAGCAAAAUAGAAAGAUCCAUGGCCAUUCUGAACACUUUCAUCAGUUUCAUAAGGGUAUCAAUGCCAAGAAGCAACGUGAUCAUAUUGACUGAUCCUGGUUCAAAAAUUUCAGUAAAUCAAGGGAGUGCUACACUAUUGCCUAUUGAAGGAAACUAUUCUCGAGGAAAUUUGAUGCUUCAAAGAAUAAAGACAUACAUUGCAUUUCUGGAGCAAAAACUUGUGGAAUUUGAUAGAAUGGAGGGGUUGAAUCAUUUUGUUUUGACUGAUUCCGAUAUAGCAGUGGUUGAUGAUCUUGGACAUAUAUUCAAAAAAUAUCCCCAUUGCCAUCUGGCUCUUACUUUUCGGAAUAACAAAGGGCAACCUUUGAACUCUGGGUUUGUUGCGCUUAAGGCUUCCCGUAUGCUUGGUGACCAAUUAGCACUGGCAUGGGUUGUCAAGUCUCAUCUACCAUCGGCUUUUGGAAAAUUUUCUAAGCAUGAGGCAUUUACUGGUGAAGUUAAUGGAGCAUCUGUUCUCUUCUUGCCUUGUGCUGUUUAUAAUUGGACCCCGCCUGAGGGUGCUGGACAGUUUCAUGGUAUACCCUUGGAUGUUAAGGUAUAA